UGAAAGGCGUAUCAGUGCAAUGGGGAGAAAGCUCAGUGGACCCAGCUCGCCCACCUUGGAGAAUGGGUUAUUAAAGAGAAAGGAAUCCUCUGUCUAUUCCCUCCUCCUGGCGAAAUUCCCUUGCCACCGUCCCCCACCGUAUCCUUUAACUCUGCACAUGCUGGAACAUCUGGAGUCACGGAUAUGAGGGAGUCGGUUUUGGCAGAUGGCCGAUCAUUGCUGCGUCGUCCGUCCGCAGGGUCAAGGUCACGCUCUGGCUCCCUCUUGCGUGAGGGCCGACCCCCUGCCGCAAAGGGCGGCUUGACAAUUACCCCUAGUAUCCCCAAAUUCGCCUCUCCAAUACCAAAGGGGGAGCCUGCAGUAUCCGAUAUUCAAACAGGAAAAACUUUUGUUCUUCGGGGAGACGCGAGAGUUGAGCCUAAGUCAGACGACAAUGAUGAUGAUAUCCCUCUGGCGUUUUCACUCUCAUCCCAACGACAUGCGCGUGCAUCUGUUGGGAACACAAAUCGUCUCUUUGCAGCCGCAAUGCCUCGGACCGCAUCGAUGGUCUCACCCCAAGGUGGCAGUCGCGAUGAGCUUAAGGAUGGUAGCGAGCAAGCGACGCUCGUUCCCCCCCUCGGUUUACGUCAGCGUUCUGCUUCUUCGUCCCCUAUGGGUAGCCUGCCAACACUGAUAGAGGCCCGCCGUGUCUCUAGCCACACAGAAAUCCCAUCACUUCUAACUACGAAUCCCAGUGCUCUAUCAAUGCGAAACAGCGAGUCCUCGGGGCGAGGUACUGGGUACACGUCCGAGCCGAAAUCAAAAGUUGCGCGAUUGUGGAAUCGGAAGUCGAUGCUUAAGAUUCAAACACAUUCCAAACCUAGCUCGCCAGAGAUCUCUGCCCCACUGCCUAAACCAAAUAGUCCUUUCCUCAAGUCCCCUUUCGUUUCAUCUCCUACACGUUCGUUCUUUUCCAAUCCUCUUGGUCUCAGGUCUCGUCGUUCUUUAAAUACACUCAACCAAAACUCACGCACUCAUGACUCGAUCCCUCCUUCACCUGUCAUGCCUGAGAUUAUCUUUGAUCCUUUUAGGGCGAUUAACAACAGUGCUUUACGCAGGCCAAGCAUUUCCCCUCCGCAGUCUCCUGUGUAUUCGCCCUUGAUCUUUUCUUCCUUUGACUCUACCCCGUACAGGCCAGCGCCGUCACCACCCAAGUCACCAGUUUUUGAUGAAGAGCCUUCUACCUCUCGUCCCCGCCGUCACCAAUGCCGAAUGUCCCUCCGCCGAUCGUAAUACCCCUGUCUGUAACUCCCCACCCCCACCGGUGCCCCCAAAGCCUGCGUCUUGUGUACCACUGUCCAACCUCACACCUGUCCGUUCUCCUACUCCGCCGGUACCGGAACGUGUCGGUCGAUCUCAGCACCGGUUGCCACUGGGUGACGCUUCCGCCGCUUGCGCAGCACGCUCGCGUCUUUCACCGAGUCCAACUCCAUCCCGCAAUCAAGAACGAUCGAGGUCGCGAUCUCUCCGGCCCUCAAGUCCAAAAGGGUAACCACGCCCACGACAGGGAUAUGUCAGACUUAACGCAAAA